UACUUCAUGUAAUCAAAAAGUAGAAAUUUAAAAAUGGCGGCAAGUGAUGAUGAACUGGAAGAAAUAAACUAUUACGCAGUUCUCAACGUAAGCAGAGAGGCAAGCACUGACGAAAUCAAGUCCUCAUAUCGCAGACUUUGUAAAUUUUACCACCCAGACAGGCAUGUGGACCCAGCCAAAAAAGAGCAUGCUGUCAAGUUGUUCAAUGAACUACAAAUAGCAUAUGAAGUGCUCAAUGAUCCAGAUAAAAGAGCCAUUUAUGAUAUUUAUGGACAGAAAGGACUGGAUGCAAACUGGGAGGUGAUUGCAAGGCAGCGCACCCCAGCAGAGAUUCAAGAAGAGUAUGAACGACUUCAAAGACAAAAAGAAGAAGAAAGACUACAUAGAAGAACAAACCCAAAGGGAGAUAUAAUAAUUGGUGUUGAUGGAACAGAGUUGUUUGAACCUUAUGAUGAAUAUGAACCUGAAGAAAGGGGAUUGCCAAACAUUGAAGUUACGAGAAUGACCAUCAAUCAAUCAAUAGAGGCACCGUUGACAACCAGUGACACGGUUACAUUAAGUGGCAAUUUGACGGUUCAAAAUGGCAAUGGUAAUGGUCACGUGUCAGCCGCAUGGAGACGAGUUCUUUCAUCGUUCUCUUGGGCUGAGGUUGAGUUUGCGGCAGGUAAUGGUCCUAUGCUGCAGUUGAGGGCAUUUCGUAAUCUAACACAGCGCAGUUAUGGUAGUUUAGGGAUCGCCUUGCAUAUGCAUAACCGUGGCAUUGGUGCUGGAUUUCAAGCAAUGGUUGCCAGACAACUAGGCAGCCACACGAAUGGUUACAUCACCUGGAAGGCUGGUUCAGGUUCCUCAAUGGAAUCCUCUCUUGUCACAGAGUAUGAUAAUUCAAGACUGCAAGUUGGGAUUCAGCUGGGGGUGAGGAACUGUUUUGCUUCCCUCUCCUAUCAUUACAAUCUAAACGUUGAUACAAAAUUACGCACUGGAAUAAAAAUUGGCUUUCUUGGAUCCCAUUUGAGCUAUGGAGUUGAUCAAAAGAUAUCUGAACACAGUUACCUGGGCGCUAGCAUGUCUAUAGACAGUAUGACUGGUGUUAGCUUAAAACUCAGGUUGAAUCGCUCCAACCAGACUUUUAUUUUUCCCCUGUUCCUCUCUGAGUCAAUAUCACCUAUGGCUAUCUUUUAUGGAACUGUUACACCAUUACUUAUUUACUAUUCCAUCACGACACUUCUUGUUAAACCAUUCUUGGCGAAAGCAAAAGAAAAAGAGUCGAAAGACAAACAAGAGCAAUAUGCUGAAAAAUUGGCUGCAAUGAAGAAGAGCGCUGAGGAAUAUGUGAAUAGAAAUGACGACGCAUGCGUAGAAUGUGAACGAAAGAGACAUGGUCUUGUAAUAUUGAUUGCUUGGUAUGGAAAUUUCAACUCCUUCAAUGAAAACGAUCUAAACAAUCCCUACCGAGUAAACAAAGUAAUUGAUGUAACGACAGCACUUCAGUGUCAAGUCAAAGACUCUAAAUUAUUUUUAACGGAAGGAUGCAAGUCACAGAUAAGCGGCUUUUACGACCCUUGUAUCGGAGAAGAAAAAUCACUUCGGGUGAGGUAUCUCUUUCGAGACACCUUACAUGAAGUUACUGUUGAAGAAAAUGAAGCACUCAGGAUUCCAAAACAAUCUCAUCGUCUGCAAGCACAAACGACGUGACAAAGGAAAGUGUACUGUAAACUUCAUAAAUAAAUUGACAUCCGAGAUAAGAUCUUUACUUUCCGAUUUUUUAAGGUUUAUAAUAAGUAAAUGAUUUUUAAGAUGUGUAGCUUUAGUGUUCCAUUAGAGCUAAGAUCAUUCAUUACUUGGGACAAACAGAUGAAAUUUUGGUCAUAUCUAUCAAUUUUACCCUGCUAUUUCAGCAACAACCGCUGUACGACUGUGACUUUUUUCUACGCGUGAUUGUCACGUGAUCUCUGUCUUGACAAUCGCUCAUGUAGAUUGAUAAAUGCUAUAGCAACGCUAAGCCAUAAUAUUAUUUCGCCACGUUUUCUGGUCAGAUCUUUAAUUAAAUUUUAAUUUAUUUUCGCAGUUUUUUAUUACCCCCUGCAAAAGAAUCAUAAGAUAAACGUUUCUUUCUGGCAAAGGGAAUAUAUUCUGAUUGAAUCUAAUAUAGAAAGUUUUGAAAUAUAUCCAUAUGCUACACUCUGUCGUUUAUUCAUCUUGCACAAUCCACAUUGAAGAUUAAUACAACACAUUAUCUCAUCAUACUUCACUCGAUGAUUUUUUGCAACAUAUGAUCAUUUCGCGACAUUCAAGAAAGUGCGCUGAUGAUUAAUCAUCAAAGAUAUCAUGCAUGGAAGGACGAAACGACAGACCAGACGUGAUAGCGUUCCCUCCGUAGCUACAUACAACAGCCGCGCGAGAAUUAUGCAUGGCUACGUAUUCAAGUCAUUCAAAAUCAUUUCUUAAGAUAAUUGGUUUUAGCGUAGAAAGAUCUUUAAGUAAAUAACUUAUUAAUACGAUUUUCCUUGGUCCUAGAGUAUCAAAUAAUUCAGAAAAUGGUGGAGUGAUGAUUACUAAUGAUUUUCCUCCAUUUCAUCAAGAAACCAACGCCGAAAGCGUGAAAUUCUCAACACUAAAUACUCAAUUAAGAGUUGGAUUAAAGGUGUUUUCUUUGGAUAAGUGUCUAAAUCCUCGUCUCUUUCAUAACUUCCUGUUCAUUCGGUCUUUGCAUACUGCGCAUUGCAAAUGAGCUGCCUGACUCAAAACUCUUUUCAUUAAGCUAGACUUGAAGAAGUUAUUUUCUGCCUCAUAAUAAUAUAUCAUAUUCGGCAAUCCCCUCAACAACUGCCUUGAGUCAUAACUCCUUUGACGCAUUGUUUGAUCGCAAUAAUAAUAAGAUAUCAAAUAUUUCGGCGUAGCCAAGACAAUGUGCAAGUACAGAUUUUAAUAAAAAAAUAGAAAAGACUGUCUUGUUUGUAUUCGGUUAUUAAUUUUUUCAUCGAGAUCUGUGUACAAACAUUAGAAUCCCUUAAAGUUUAGCGGGUGUCCACAUUCUGGCCGAGAUUAUUAAAACAGCAUCAUCCCAAGCGGGAAGCUAGAUCAAAUUAAAAAUUCAAUUUCGUUGAAUUUGUUGUCGAUGUUGAAAAAGCCUCACACGGAGGAAUAUCGCUGUCUUAAUAUUUUAAAUAAAUGUUAGCAUACUUGUCGGAGAAACGAAAACGACCGUUGUUUAUGCUAUUUUCAAAUAAGUUACGUGGAUUUGUAUUAAUGGAAAUUGUAUGUUCCUGGCUAGACUUUGUUGUUAGGGGAUAUACUGCGUUUUUUGAAAAGUAGCGAGAUAACAGGCAGAGAUUUCUUCAAUUAUACUCAAGUCGUGUUGUAUUAAACGCAAAACAACGAAAACUCAGGUAUUAUAUUCUGUUUCACAACUCUCGAUUAUUUUGUUUGUACUGAAGUUUGCCUUUGUUUAAAAUCGUUUAAAUCAGUUUGCUAUAUUUUCUUUCAUAAGAAGCUAUCUCUUUUGCCCUGGUCAUUUUUAUUUUUCAAUCAGAGCAAAGAUUUCCAUAUGAAUGAAUGUUCCAUUUUUCAUGUAAAUAUAUUUUCUAAUAACUGUUGUAUUUCAGUGUGAUGAUAGAUUUUAACAUAGAGAAUAAAUAUGUAUAUACUAAUCUAGUUUAAUUGUCGUUUAUCUUGUUUUUGAUGAAAAGCUGGCGACUCGAAAGGUUUAAAUUUUAUCUUGCUUAUUUACUUUCAUGGUAAAUCUUUUAUCUUGUUUGUGACUUUGUUUCAGUCAACCUGAUUGCGGUUUUUGGUGUAUUCUCUCAAGUGAUCCGCUCUGAA